AUGUCGGUUCAGGAGGCAAACGGAGCGCUGGAGCUAGCGUUCAACGGCCUUGCAGACUAUUACAGCGAGCUGGCAGCGAAUCCAAAGGCUGCCCCCAAAGAGAAGGAAGGCUGUUUGGCCUUCGUCGCGGCAGAAGGGAGGCUAGACAAGGAGGAUGUUGAUGGGUGCAUGACUCAUUCAAAAGAAGCCUUGGAGAAGUUCAAGGCAUGCAAACAUCCCACGGGUGUCGCUGAUACUUUGAGAAUGAUGGUCUUAGCGUAUCGCAUUCAGGCAGAUGUGCUGCGGAGUGCGGAGGAAGACAAGACCAAGGAUAUCAAGGCGGCUCUUAGCACUGCCGAGUCCUUGGCUAAAGAAGAGGCAGCAAAGUUCAAGGAGGCUGGUGAUAAGCGCGGCGAGGCAGUGAUGCUUCUGGCCGCCGGCGAGAUCAACUACAACAAGCGAGGCGGCAAAAAGCGUGGCGAAGCCAUCGAGGACUUAAACAAGUCUAAGGAGCUCGCGAAGCAAGCGGGUGACAAGAAGGUCGAAGCCACGGCCGUCUUCGUCCAGGCGAAUGCCGCGAUUAAGCUUCGGAUGAACGACGACCUCCGGCUGCGCCAUCGGAGUUGUCAGGGG